AUGCUACUAUAUUUUGCACUAGUGGUUAUUUUUUUCCUUGCAACCACAGCCAGAGUUACCGAAGUCAAUCAAACGUUGGAAGAGGCUCUUUCAUGGCACAUCCAGCUGGAAACCGUGUUAAAGCACGGCCAAUCGGCUUACAAAGAUUCAAUUUCAAAGAUAUACGGUGUCAAUGCCGGUGGCUGGUUAUUAACAGAACCUUGGAUAACUCCCAGUCUCUAUGAAAAAGUAAAUGAUUUAUUUGGAUCCAUGCCCAAGGAUGAAUACGCAAUGAAUUUGUUUAUUGGAAAUAAGGAUCUAUCCAAACGAUAUUUCGAAGCUCACUGGAAAAGUUUCUAUACCGAGGAAGAUUUCAAGCAAAUUUCCGAAAUGGACUUGAACUUGGUCAGAAUCCCCAUUGGAUAUUGGGCUUUUCAAUUAUUACCCAAAGACCCUUACUGCCAAGGGCAAGAACGUUAUCUUGAUUCCGCAAUUGACUGGGCAGAAAAGUAUGGAUUGAAGGUUCAAAUUGGAUUGCAUGGGCUCCCUGGAUCUCAAAAUGGAUUUGACAAUUCUGGACUAACUGCAACCUCUCCCAAGUGGUUGGAAGAUGACGCUAACAUUGAUUUAACGCACCGAGUGGUUGAUUAUAUUUUUACAAAAUAUGGUAAUAAUACCAAUGUUCACAGCAUUCAGGUUGCCAAUGAACCAUUGGGUCCAGUACUUGAUAAACUGAAGUUGGUCGAGUUCUAUUCAAAAUGUCUAUCGUUAGCAACAGAAAAGAAUAUCUCCGCAAAAUUGGCUUUCCAUGACGCUUUCUUGGACAUGGAAGCUUGGAAAACCUUCUAUCCCGGCAAAUUUAUCUUGGAUCACCAUUUCUAUGAAGUUUUCACCGAUUGGCAAUUAAAACUUGAUUUGAAAGGUCACUUGGAAAACGUUAGAGAUCAAGGAGAGAAGUUAUCCCGGACAAAACACAGAAGUAUAGUUGGUGAAUUUUCUGGCGCCCUUACUGAUUGUGCUCCUUAUCUUAAUGGAAUUGGAAAUGGAGCACGGUGGGAUGGUACUUUUCUACUAGAAGCUCGUGGAACGUGCUAUGGUCGAGAUGAUCCAAAUAAUUUAACAUUUAAAAACGAAACAAUGAUGUUUUUAAGAGAACAAUUUUACACCUAUGAAACCAAGGGUGGUGGAUGGAUAUUUUGGUGUUAUAAAACUGAACGGUCAUUGGACUGGGAUAUGAGAAGAUUGCACAAGUUAAAGAUGUUACCAGAGCCCUUAUAUUUGAGUAAAGAAGUUUAUAAGAUGGACAUUAACGACGAUGGCUUUGAUAAUGAUAACUCUCUCGCCGAUGGACCUGGCAGGAGAUCAGACUUUUUUAUACCCCAUCCCAGAAUAUUCUGGGGUCGCUAUCGCCUAAGAGGCAGAAGCGGUUCCAGUGGAUUGAAAGUUAAUCGAAUCACCUGGGUUUUUGCUUUAUUUAUAACAGUGAGUUUUUCAAUUUAA